AUGGAUCUGAGAGAAUCCAUCGCCAACCAGACUGACGCCGCCCUCGCCCUCUCCAAGCAGCUCCUCUUGACCGGGGCCAAGGACUCCAACCUCGUCUUCUCUCCCCUCUCCAUCCACAUGGUGCUCGGCCUGAUCGCCGCCGGCUCCGCGGGGCCCACCCAGGACCAGCUCCUCUCUUUCCUCAAGGCCAAAUCCACCGACCAUCUCCACUCCUUAGCUUCUCAGCUCCUCCUCGUCGUGCUCGCCGACGACAGCGCCGCCGGCGGGCCCAAGCUGUCCUUCGCGAACGGCAUUUGGAUCGAUAAGUCGUUGCCUCUUAGGCCUUCUUUCCAACAGGUGGUGGACGCGUCUUAUAAGGCGGCCACUAAUUUCGCUGAUUUCAAAACCAAGGAUCUCAUCAAAGUCGGCCUAAAGUGGUCGAGAUUAAACAUCAACCCACUUCAAUCUCUUCAGGGUUUGCCUAAUCUGAUGGAGCUCUAUAUGGUAGACGCUUUUACGGGGCAAACAAUGAAAUUCGAGGCGAACACUUUCAAGAAACUGAAGAUACUUUCGAUUGAACAAUUCAGCGAGCUGACCAUGGUGGCUGUGCAGGUCAAUGCAAUGCCUGCUCUCGAAAAGUUGACAUUUUCCAAAUGCGAGAAAUUGAAUAUGCUUCCGUUGGGUAUAAACAUGCUCACUCGUCUCCAAGAACUGCUUCUGUGUAACAUGAACCGGGAGUUCAUCAAUCGGCUCCGGAAGAACAGUGAAGAUCGCAAUUUGGUCAGCCACGACAGGGACAUGCAUUCUUACACUCUAGGCGAGGAUCAGUUAUGGGUGCGCCAGAAUCUUCCUUGA